CGCGGGCUGGACUUGGCGGAGCCCGGGCUCGGCGGCGCGGCUCGUCGCGCUGCUCCGGGGGGCUCCGGGCGUCCCGGCGGCCACCAUGCUCAGCGUCCUGCACUUCCUCCGGAGCUUCUUCAAGGCUCCAGAGCCAGGUGCACCCUCACCUGGUGAAGGUGAUGCUGAAGAGCUCCCCCCAGCCCCUGCAGAACCAGAGGAGCAGAGAUGGAGCCGGGAUGCUGACCACGACGACUUUGAGACACUGUCCCAUCAGAGUGAAAGCCGAUCAGACACAAGGACCGAGCUCUUUGAAAGCGCCUCUGACGCAGAGUCUCUCCUGGGUGACCUCGCAGGUGAGGUCUGCCUCCCUCCAGGUGGCUGCUCGGCAGUCCCAGCAACGAUACCUCCUCAGGAGCCACACUUGACCUGUAUCCCUUGGUUGGAUGCAGAAGAGCUAGAUUUGUCCCCUGGCUUAGGGGAAGAAUCGCGCAAGAAUGAGCUGCCAGCCUCUGCUGCAGUUACUGGAGAAGGGGAGGUGGAACAAGUUUGGGACUGCGUGACCAGCCUGGAGCGAGAGUGUGUGCUGGCAAGUGCUCUCCGACAUGCAAGGUGCUGCCCGCAGAAUGCCAAGGACGGCAGCAGUCCCCAGCCUGCACAGCGGGUGACCGCUCACGACGCCAGGGAGCUCCCUGCUGUUCCUCUGCAGAAAUCCAGGUCUGAGAGCUGUCUCAGCAUCCCACGGGUCUGGCCCUUGCUACUCCAGUGCUGUGAACUUGGUCAGAGCUGGCCGCAUAUCCACAGCAGGCCUAGGGCACCAGUACCACCUUACAGAGGUCCACUGGACAACACAGCCCCUCUGGGAGCCAGGACAAAGAAGGGAAGUGUCCCCAGCACCACAGUGGUCCCAGACUUGCCCUGGGCCCAGUCUUGCUUUGACAGCCCCUGCCAGUUUCCAGUGUGGCCAUCUUGCCUCCUGCACAGCAAGCUGCACCACAGCGUCCCGGAAAACAUUGGUGACGCGGGCAGGGCAGUCCCAGGGCACCGCUGCCGGCACAUGAGGACACUGAGCAGGGCUCAUUCCACAGCAGGGUUUCCCUUAGGUUCCCCUGAGGAGCCCGUGGGGCCGAACUGUGCGGCAUUUGGAGUUCAUUCAAAGGAAAGGGCAGAGACAAGAGAAUCAAGCACACCCAACGGCCUUUCCCCUGCGCCCACCCAGCUGGCUCACUCACUUCCCACUUCCCCCAGGGGGCCUCCUCACCUACAGAGCCAGUGCAAACACAGCGGUUUCAGCUCAAGAAGGACCUCGCGGGACACGCCCUCUGCAGGUGUGCUGCAGGUAAACCAGCAGGGACAGGACUCCAGGCCGCGCCCGGUGGUGAAGCUCCGCCCAGGAGUGGUGGCCGGGCCCUUGGAGUGCAGGUCAGAACAGAGCCCAGCAAGCCGACCUGAGCAACCCCAAGGCCCUCGCCCUGCUGAUGGCAGAGACACACAAAAGCACCUUCAGGGAGGAGCUAUUGAGGCAGGAAGCCAAACCAGCGAUGACGCAUCCACGUAUGCUCUCAGGGAGCAAAGAAAGCUGCCCCCCACCAGUGCCAAGUUCCCACACCACUGUAGCCGUGGCGGGACCCCCGCUUGGAAGACAGACCCGAUGGGUGGCUUGGAAGUGAAUGGUGGUUCAGAGACUCCCGAGAACUCCACGAAGUCAGCAGCAAUAGUCACUUCCGAAGAAGCACAAGAGGCGUUGGUUCUCGACCAGCACUGCAGAAAAAAUGCCUCGCAUGGUCGUUCUGAACUCGGAGCCCCUGACGGCAGCCCUGGGGAUGAGGAAGGUGACCGGAAGCCUGCAGGGGGCACCCAGCCCUUCACAGCCGGGGCCUCCAGUGGCAGGUGCACGCUCUUCAUUAUAGCUGUGGAGCAUAAAGGCCUUCAGGCCACCACGAGCAAAGCCGGGCCUCUGCCCGGAACACAGUCCAGAGGCUUUACAGAGCAAAGAGAGCCAUUCCCCAGCAGGACCGGCACGACCCCCUGGGGGUCCCCUGGGGACAGGAAAGCAGCACCAACGUGUAGCACGGAGGGUGAGCUGCCAGCAGCCCCCGCAUUGGGGGCAGGCGAUGGGGCUCUUCAGCGCGUGGCCCAAGCCACAGAGCUUGGAGCUCUGGUCCCUCAAGCCGAUUCGCGGGAAACAUUAGGCACAGAGGCGGCCCCGGAAGAGAACUUACCUGGGGAGAGCCAGAGCCCCAGGCCUGAGGAUGCACACCUGGUCGAGGGCCCCAGGCCGCCGAGCCCUGAGCAGGACGUGGUGGACGCGGAAGAGCGCGCCGGCGUCCUAACCCACGAGGACCACGAGGCCCGCGCCCACACGCUGCAACCGGCGGGAGCCCCCGGCCAGCUCUGCAAGGCCGCGCAGGAACCGGGGAAACGCCUGGCGUUUUCCAAGGUGAUCUCCUUUAGGAAAGGCAGGCCCGGGGCCACUGAGAGCCCAGAAGGCGCCAUGUCGGCCCGCGAGGAGCUCCACGCGGAGAGUCCCUUAGGGACUGGCUGGGAUCCGGCCUCUCGGGAGCACGUGGGCGACAGCGCGUCCCUCGAGCCGGGCCCAAGGUUGGCAGCAGGCGGCGAGGCAGCCACCCCAAGGGAACUCGGCGGCAGGAGCCCAUCCUCAGAGAACUGCCACGCCAAGACACUCAGAACCACUGAGAAAAGGCUCAGGGCGAGGCUGGCCUUGGCUCAGAAGACCGUGUCCCAUUUUUUCGAGUCCAGAGUUUCCGAGAGGGAGCGCACACGGGACCGGCCUCCAGCGCCUCUCAAGGUCGAGGACAAGCGCCGGCCGCGCCAGAGCUCCUGGCGCGUGUUUCUGAGAAGCAAAGGGCCCCCCGAGGUAGGUCUGCUUCCAGGAUCAGAGCCCCAGGAGCCCCCCAGCCCCUCCACCGCCAAGCCCGGGGGCCGCUGUGCGGGGCAGGCCGAGGACGCCGACGGUAGUGUGUUCGAAGACCCCUGGACACCCCCACGUACCCCUGCGCCUUUGGCCUCGUCUCCCGGACUCAGGAGGAAAAGCGAGCCGGCCAUCAAGUGUGCCGCACCCCACAAUGGUGGCAGGUGCCUGUCCUCUGGCGCCUCCCCUCGGGCCCAGCAAGCGGGGAUCAACCGCAGCCUUCCCUCCAGCUCUGCCUGCUGCCUAGCUUCUGAAGACCAGGCUAUGCCCUGCAGACCCAUGAGCCCCAAGCCCCGGAGCCCCCGGCCAGGCGUUCAGCGAGGGGACCUGCGCUACACUGGCAGGGGCAGUGCCAUCUCCAUGGUUUCUCUGGGCAGCUACAACGACGUGCACAGCACCGCGGAUAACUCUGGAAGGCUCAAGUCCCCCAAGGCCCGGACAAGUCUCCUGCUUUCUCUGCAGACGCUUACUCACGACGUUCAGAACGAAGAGUGUGCGAGGGGAGCCCCGCGUAACCCCGGCCUGACUGUGGGGCCCUCGCUCCGGGACCUUCCUGGAAGUGAGAACCCCGAGCCCUGGGAAGAACCACCAGGCGAGCAGCCCCGCGGCGCCCAAGUACAGAAAGCUCUGCACACAGAGCCGGCUCCAAGGCCGCUGUCCAGCGCCCAGGUGGCAGGGUGGGCCCUCCCCUCCAUCUCUGCAGAGGAGGCCCCCAGGGAGGCCCUGCCCCACCCAAGGAGCACCUAUCAGCGCCUACGCUGCAGUGCGGAUGACCUGUGGCUGGAGAAGACGCAGAGGAGGAGGCUGGAGGAGCAGGGCCAGGUUAAAAGGAAGAAGCAUGCAGGGAUCUCACACAAAGGCAGAGUCCAGGGCUGGAGGAAGACGACUGCCGCUGCCCCAGAGUCCCUGGAUCUCCCCAGAAGCCAUCCGCUCUCCCAGAGUGCCCCAGCAGGACUGAACCACGUGGGCCGGCCACCACACACACCUGCCACUGCCAUGCCCGAUGGAGUCCUGGACACAGUUGUCCGCGCUGAUGAGGCGGGGAGCGAGGAGGACCUGUAUGAGGACCUGCACGGUUCCAGCCACCACUACAGCCACCCUGGAGGGGGCGGUGAGCAGCUGGCCAUCAAUGAGCUCAUCAGCGAUGGCAGUGUGGUCUGUGCCGAAGCGCUCUGGGACCAUGUCACCAUGGACGACCAGGAACUGGGCUUCAAAGCUGGGGACGUCAUCGAAGUGAUGGAUGCCACCAACAGGGAGUGGUGGUGGGGCCGUGUCGCCGACGGCGAGGGCUGGUUUCCGGCCAGCUUCGUGCGGCUGCGGGUGAACCAGGACGAGCCUGCGGACGACGAGGCCCCGCAGGCUGGGAGCGGUGGGGCCGAGGACGGCGGGGCCGAGGCGCAGAGCAGCAAGGAUCAGAUGCGGACCAACGUUAUCAAUGAGAUCCUCAGCACCGAGCGGGACUACAUCAAGCACCUGCGGGACAUCUGCGAGGGCUACAUCAGACAGUGCCGCAAGCGUGCCGACAUGUUCAGCGAGGAGCAGCUUCGCACCAUCUUUGGCAACAUCGAGGACAUCUACCGGUGCCAGAAGGCGUUCGUGAAGGCUCUGGAGCAGAAGUUCAAUAGGGAGCGGCCACACCUCAGCGAGCUGGGCGCCUGCUUCCUGGAGCACCAAGCUGACUUCCAGAUCUACUCAGAGUAUUGCAAUAACCACCCCAACGCCUGCGUGGAGCUCUCCCGGCUCACCAAGCUCAGCAAGUACGUGUACUUCUUCGAGGCCUGCCGGCUGCUGCAAAAGAUGAUUGACAUUUCCCUGGACGGCUUCCUGCUGACCCCAGUGCAGAAGAUCUGCAAGUACCCUCUGCAGCUGGCUGAGCUACUCAAAUACACACACCCCCAGCACAGGGAUUUCAAGGAUGUCGAAGCUGCCUUGCACGCCAUGAAGAACGUGGCCCAGCUCAUUAACGAACGGAAACGGAGACUCGAAAACAUUGACAAGAUUGCUCAGUGGCAGAGCUCCAUAGAAGACUGGGAGGGGGAAGAUCUCUUGGUCAGGAGCUCGGAACUCAUCUAUUCAGGGGAGCUGACUCGCGUCACGCAGCCUCAAGCCAAGAGCCAGCAGAGGAUGUUUUUUCUCUUUGACCACCAGCUCAUCUACUGUAAGAAGGACCUGCUGCGCCGGGACGUGCUAUACUACAAGGGCCGGCUGGACAUGGACAGCCUGGAGGUGGUAGACCUGGACGAUGGGAAGGACCGAGACCUCCACGUGAGCAUCAAGAACGCCUUUCGGCUGCACUGUGGCACCUCAGGGGACAGCCACCUACUAUGUGCCAGGAAGCCUGAGCAGAAGCAGCGCUGGCUCAAGGCCUUUGCUAGAGAGAGGGAGCAGGUGCGGCUGGACCAUGAGACAGGCUUCUCCAUCACUGAGCUGCAGAGGAAGCAGGCCAUGCUGAAUGCUAGCAAGCAGCAGGCCACAGGGAAGCCCAAAGCUAUUGGACGGCCUGGCUACCUGAUGCGCCAGAAACACCCGGCACUGCCUGCCAGCCGGGCCCAGCAGCAGGUCUUGGUGCUGGCAGAGCCCAGGCGGAAGCCAUCCACCUUCUGGCACAGCAUUAGCCGGCUGGCUCCCUUCCGCAAGUGACCAGCGCUCACCCGGCAGAACUUUGUGGACCUGCUCAUCCAUGGCUCCCGGCUUUUCCUCUUCAAGGCCCACUCCAUCUGGCCCUCUGCCUAUUGUGCAAACUGCAGGGCUGAGUGAGGGAGUCACCAGGAUGCACCAGGUCUGUGCUACUGUCCUGGCACAGAGACCAGCGGGGAAGACACAGGCCCUCGCACGUGCAAUCUCCUCCUGCAGCCUGGGCUCCCCCGCCUGCCAUCCUCCACCGCCCCAGAGCCUGGAACCAGAGCUCAGAACCACCACUCAGGCCAGCGCGCAGAAGGUUCUGGCUGCUUUGGACCUCCUUUGGAAGUCUGAUCAUCCCCUCCUCUUGCCACUUCUGGGCCGCAGAGAUCAACACUGGCCUCUGGCUCCCUGCAAAGCUGGGCCUGGUGCCACUCUCGUUUUGGGCCCCCAUCCCCGAGAGGCAGCUUGCAUCCUCAGAGGGCGGGAACCAAGAACUCUGUGCCCAGAUGUCCAGCCCAGAGCCACCCUUUGGCCUCCCAGCCCCUUAGGCACCGCUGGCUGCUGGACACCCUCUUCACUUGUGAUGUGUGCGUCUGUAGUGGGAAGAACAAAACCAUACAGUCAGCUGUGUCCUUUGGCCCAGGUCUGUGACUGGUCAACCUGUAGCUGUGGGCUAGCUCCAGAUCCACCUGGGCCCUGUUUCUUGUUUGGAUUUUGUCGUCUUGUUUUUCUAACAAUGGAGAAAAAAAUCAUUGUCGUUAGUGACACAGAAAGAUUGCCUUACCCUAGUGAGCGUGAGAAGCCAUAAGAACUGAAUUCUGUGGCCCAGCAUCCAGGACUGACCCCCAGGCGCGUGUAUCUUGCUGCGCAGGAGGUGCAGCUCGGGCCUGGAGUGCUGGAGUGGAGCCCACAGGACUCAGCAGCAUGGACAGUCACUCUUGCACUAUUCUUUCUCCAAGCCAGAAACCACAUUUACUUUCAUAAAGAAACUUGUGAAAAGUCA